GCGGACGGCGGACGGCGAUCAACUUUGAACCGGGACAAGAAUUUCACUUAGCCUACGGGUUUUCGUAUUGCUAAAUAGGUCUUUAACGCAGUUCAGAAGGGUUCGCUGAUCGGGAAUGUUGACUGUGGUGGGAUCUAUUCCAUAGUUUUUGCGGUUUUCGGUAGCUAGUGUGAAUUCAAUUAUGGAACCCCCAAAAUUAGUGUCGCUGUGAAGAAUAGGAAAGGCUGAUUUGAAUUUUUUAAAGUGCAUUCAAAUUUUCAGUGUGUUAGCAUACUCUCAGGAUGGCUUUGGUCGCACAAUCGGUAUACGACUAUUACAACUAUUUAUUCCGGGAAUACAACGACCCCAGGGUAGAGCAUUUUCCACUUCUGGGUUCACCUUUGCCAAUCUUCGUGAUCAUCGUAGUAUAUCUGAACUUGGUCAACAACUGGGGCCAAAGAUGGAUGCAAAACCGAAAACCAUACCAGCUGACCACGAUUAUGAACAUCUACAACGGGACCCAGGUGGUGCUGAAUUUGUGGAUCGGCAUUUCGGGAUGGCUCAAUUCGUACUUUUCCGAUGAUUACGAUUGGAUCUGCGAGCCCGUCAAUCAGAAAGUGUCCCCGUCCAGGCAAACGUUAAUUUAUAUGACCUACCUUUACUUUCUGACCAAGAUUAUGGAUUUGCUGGAUACCGUAUUUUUCGUUCUGAGAAAAAAGAACAAUCAGAUCACGUUCCUGCACACGUAUCAUCACGCGGGCAUGGUUUUUGCCACCUAUAUUUUUACGAAGUUUGUCUCAGGCAGUCACGCCACUCUCCUGGGUCUGAUCAACAGUAUGGUGCACGUCAUCAUGUACUUUUAUUACUUCCUCACAUCCUUCAGGCCCGAGCUGAAAAACUCCCUCUGGUGGAAGAGGCACAUCACACAGGUGCAACUGAUACAAUUCCUGAUCCUGAUGGUUCAUUUCGGGUUGCCACUUAUCUUCGGCUAUUGCAACUAUCCUGUCUUCCUUCUGUUCGUCGGUUUCACGCAAAAUCUGUUCAUGUUCACGCUGUUUGCAGACUUCUACGUGAAAACUUACGUGAAGGGUCGGAAAAAGGAGCUGAAGGAUGAAAAGAGUUAAAUUGUAUGAACGUAUUGUAGGUACCAUUCUCGUGAGAUUAGCGUGUAAGUUAGAACGAGCUAAGUCACUUCGAUAAGUGUUUCCCUGAGUUGAUAACUAUUAUUUAACAAACAAUACAAAAAAAAUUAAGACUUUCGGCAUAAAGGACAUUUUGAACGUCAAAUCAAUGAAAUCGUAACUAUAGGUAUCAAUAAAGAAAAC